AUGCACCUCCACCACUUUUGCUUUGUUUUACCAUCCGACGGCGACGACAUACACCCAUUUGAUCACCCCCACUCUAAAUCACCACCACCACCUAAACGCCGAUCAUGUGGCAUUCACCUCCAUGAGGUCCUUUGUAGAACGAUUCACAGAUUCUUUGAUUUCAAAAGGGACAUUGGUUUUUGCAGUUUCUGCGUAAAACCACCUCCGACGAUCUUCCAUGACACCGAGGGAGUCCAAUUUUCCAAGGAGGUGACGGUUGGCGCCCAUAGCCCCAAGACUUUCACAUAUUCCGAGCUCUAUAUAGCCACCAAAGGGUUUAGCCAGGACGAAAUUCUUGGGAGUGGUGGGUUCGGAAGAGUCUUUCGAGCCGUCUUACCCACUGAUGGAACCAUGGUGGCAGUGAAGUGCUUGGCCGAGACUGGGGAGAGGUUCGAGAAGAGUUUCGCGGCAGAAUUGGUGGCUGUGGCCCAUCUCCGCCACCGCAACUUGGUCCCCCUCCGUGGAUGGUGUGUUCACAACGAUCAACUCCUCAUUGUUUACGACUACAUGCCAAACCGAAGCCUUGACCGGGUGCUUUUCCGACGAGUGGAAAAAAAUAAAACUGCAGUGGCUCCACUACUUAGUUGGGACAGGAGAGUGAAAAUAGUGAAGGGUCUGGCAGCGGCUCUGUUUUAUCUCCAUGAACAGUUGGAGGCUCAGAUUAUACAUCGUGAUGUGAAAACGAGCAAUGUAAUGCUUGAUUCUCACUUUAAUGCGAGGCUUGGUGAUUUUGGCUUGGCUAGGUGGCUGGAACAUGAACUCGGAUACCAAACAAGAACGCCAUCUAUGAACCACCACCCAUGCCGGCUGGUAGACACCACCAGAAUUGGUGGCACUAUUGGGUACUUGCCGCCGGAGAGCUUCCAGAAAAAAGGUGUGACCACCGCAAAAUCCGACGUUUUCAGUUUUGGCAUUGUUCUGCUAGAGAUUGCUUCAGGAAGGAGGUCGGUGGAUCUUACACUUCCCGACGAUCAGAUCAUUCUCGUCGACAGGAUCAGAAGAUUAGCCGACGAAAAGAUGGUUCUGCAAGCAGCCGACAGCCGGUUGCCAGAUGGGUCUUACCACCUUCAUGACAUGGAGCACCUGAUUCAUAUUGGGUUGCUAUGCACGCUCCAUGACCCGCAUUCUCGACCCAACAUGAGAUGGAUCAUAGAAGCACUUUCAGGUGGUAUUUGUGCCACCCUCCCUCACCUUCCUUCUUUUAAAUCCCACCCCCUGUAUAUAUCCGUAUCUCGUGACAAUACCACCAGCACCACAACAACCAUCACUGCCGCCACCACCAGCACCAACACCACCACUUUUGCAAUUGCUUCCAGUAGCUCAACCACCUUCGCCACUGCCAGAGAAGAAAGCUUGUACAUAACUGCUGAACAGGUAUAUGAAAACAACGAUGGUGGCAUGAUCUCCACUGCACAACUAAGCCGCCGCCAGUUACAGCCAUUCCCCAUGGUCGAACCUCCGAAGGAAAUAACCUACAAGGAAAUCAUUUCUGCUACCGACAAUUUCUCAGAUUCUAACCGGUUAUCAGAGGUUGAUUUCGGAACUGCUUACUAUGGUGUUCUUGACAACCAUGACAUCAUUGUAAAGAGGCUUGGGAUGAAAACAUGCCCAGCCUUGCGGGUCCGAUUUGCAAAAGAGCUCUCAAAUUUGGGAAGACUCCGCCAUCGGAACCUCAUACAGCUUCGUGGGUGGUGCACCGAACAAGGAGAGAUGCUUGUGGUCUAUGACUACUCGGCUAACCGUCUCUUAGGUCAGCUUCUAUCCCAUCACAGCCAUCGAAGAUCACAGGUUCUACAAUGGAACCAUCGAUACAACAUUGUUAAAUCACUCGCCUGCGCUAUUCUUUACCUUCAUGACGAAUGGGAGGAGCAGGUUAUCCACAGAAAUAUCACAUCUUCUGCCAUAUAUAUCGACCCUGACAUGAACCCUAGGCUCGGAUCAUUUGCUCUAGCAGAAUUUCUAACAAGAAAUGAACACGGACAUCAUAUAGAAGUUGACAAGAAAGUUUGUGUACGUGGGAUUUUUGGGUAUAUGGCACCAGAAUAUAUGGAGUUGGGGAAAGCCACACCAAUGGCGGACGUCUACAGCUUUGGAGUGGUGGUGCUUGAGGUGGUGAGUGGGCGGAUGGCAGUGGAUUUCCGCAGGCCCGAGGUGCUAUUGGUGAAAAGGGUUCAUGUAUUCGAGGCACAGAAAGGCAAUUACGAAGAACUGGUGGAUCCAAGAUUAGAUGGAGAGUACAACCGCAAAGAAUUGGUGAGGCUGGUGAAGUUAGCAAUGGCAUGCACACGGUCUAACCCGGAUUUAAGACCAACAAUGAGGAACGUUGUUAGCAUAGUCGAAGGUCAUGAUAGAUGCUUCACAGAAGAAGGGCAGAAGGAGGGUAUAGACGAAUGGAAAGCAAGAAAUGCAUUAUCUCUAUCACUGAUUAGGCGAAUUCAAGCUUUAGGAAUACAAUGAAAACAACAGUGGCAUAUACAUAUAGAAAUCAAGACUUGAUUUUUCUUUUUCUUUUUGGUUUCUAGUGCUAUCUUGCAUAUAUAAAAGUAAAAUGCCAUGUAUAUUAACAUACGCAGAUCAAGCUUUCAUUUUUCUGAUCUUCUUAGUUGUCUUGUUCUUGUAUGCUAGAUCAAAUGGCUGUAAUCAACAAGCUCAUUAGUUCCCUGCUCUAA